GUCAUGUCCCUUCGAUCCCUCAUGGUGGACUGAAUCUGAUUCUCUGCUGCCUUCUCUUCUCCAGCUCUGGGAUUCUUGGCCGGAACACUAGAAGCGCUCGACAAGGCUACGCUGAAGUCGGAUCAAGGUAUGCGCGCCCAAGUUGAUGACCACAGAGAGGCCCCUUGACUCAUAACCGUCGCAGUCCUCCGCCUUCUCGGCUUCUUCGGCGCCAUGUUCUCAUACGACCACAAAGCAGGCAUCACGGCGUCUGCAAAGGCUCUACGGCAGCUGUACUCUAUGAAAGGCUUCAAACCGAGCAUGGGCGUCAAGGUACUAGAGGACGUCUGCAAGAUCAAGGAAGACUUCAGACUGCAAACUGCCGUUACUAGGCUGGAGGUCUACGAGCUCUUCCUCAGCCUUGUUCGGGAUCCGGCCGUCAGCAGCGAGCUGAAGCACAAAUAUGGUUCGGCCUGCGGCUUCGCCCUUGACAUGAUUCAGGUUUGCCAAAGUGAGAGGGAUCCACGGAAUCUCAUGGUUUGGUUUGAGAUUCUUCGUAUACUCCUCGCCGACUACGACCCAUCAGCCGAGGUGACCGAGGAACUCUUCAAAGUCUUCUCGGCUUAUUUUCCAAUUUCCCUCCGGAGCUCUGCUACACCGAUUGGGAUCACGGCCGACGAUCUGAAGGAGGCUGUGAGAAGCUGUUUCUCGGCACACCAUCGCGUUGCCCCUCACGGCUUUCCCUUCCUCCUACAGAAGCUUGACCAAGGAGAUGCCGUAACGGUCGCUGUCAAGGUUGACAUCUUGAAGACCAUCAAAGCUUGUAUUGAGCAAUAUGAGAACCCGCCGGCCAACAUUGUUCCACACAUCGAACAGAUCUGGAACUCGCUCAAGUACGAAGUACGGAACGGCGAGGUAAAGGAGACCAUCGACGCGACUCUAGAUGUGCUCCGGGCUAUUGCCCGAAGGCUGGAUGGCACGAAGAAUCAUAAGCUGGAGGUAUCGUCACUCAAAGGUUAUAUCGGCCUUGUUUCUAGAGAUUGCCGGGACGAUCUCGCAAACCCCACAUACACGAAGCAGGCCGGGCUACUCUUGAUGACCGUCAUAACUGCCACCAUCAGAGCAUACGUGCUCUAUAACGCAGGUUUCAUUGACAUUCUUCGUCAAAACCUACGGCAGCCCAAGUCGCCCUCCCAUACUCGGGACCUUAUUCUUCUUGUCAACUCUUUUCUGAAGACCAGGAUGGAGCUAUUCAAUGCCAGGAAAGAAGCACACCCGGAUGACGAAAAGAGCUUGAGGGCCGAAUCUCGUUCCCAUCUGGAAACAUUGUUCCAUGAUAUUUACUUACCCGUUUGGGCCGGCAAGGCACAGGCUCCUACCUCUGAGGAGAAGGACGUUCUUAAGCAGGUCAUUCAGGGUCUCGCCCUGCUUGUUAGCCAACAAGUGCUCCAGCCGGAUGGGGCCCCUGUCUUAUUAUGUUCUAGUUCGGUUUGCUCCGAGAUUUGUUCCCUUCUAACCUCAACAAUCAUAAAAGGUUUGACCUUGAGUCCGAAUGACAACAAUGACGAGGACUCCUCUCUGGAAGACGAGGCGGUGCUCGCACUGCGCACGGUUGUCACCAACUAUACCGAGGGUUAUUCAGAGCUUGCGAACAGAGUCAGGGCAGAGGUCAAAAAACGGGACUGGGCCAAGCCUUCCGAAUACUCGCUCGGUGCUCUCAGAAACCUCCUAUCUCGUUUCACCUUCAUUGGUUGUUCCGAGAUACCAUCAAGAAUCGGAGCUGAUGACCAAAAGCGGUUCUCGCCCCUCCAGCAUUUCGUCACACUCGCAGCAAGCCUCCUGGAACUCUUCCCCCUUUCAUCCGAGUCCGAGUCCGCCGAAACUUCCCGCACCAAAGAUGACGCGUCUGCGAAUGCCCACGUGAUAUCAUCUCUCCAUGCCUCGGUUAUCUGGUUCCGGGACGCAUGCGAGGCGAAGUACGGAAAAGAUGCGCUGAACUCGAAUUUGACUAGUAGUCAGAACUGGCUAGACGAGUUUAAGCAACUACCAGAAGACUGGCUGCUGCAAAUACACCGCGGCGAUGGCGCGUCUAGCGCGACACCGCUCGAAGUGCUGCAAGAGGAUGACCCCAAGGUCUAUCUUCAAUUCUUGAAGCUCAGCCUCUUCAUUGUGUGGCAACUCUACCGGUCUGCAUCCGCCAAACGCCAGGGACCGUGGGAUGAGAGAGCUCUUGUCCAGCUCUCCCAAACGACCGCGCUGGUGGUGCAAAGUCUCGACGAAGAGCUCCAAGUGCGUUGCAACCUGGCCUAUGAGGCCUUCAAUCUCUUCCGCGACACGCAUGCGCCUAUUGGAAAGGACUCUUGGGAUCUCUCCACCGGGCUCUUGACGCUGGGAGUUCUGCAAGGGUUGCGGCCAGGGGCAUUGGCGGGAUUGUAUGAACCAGGCGGACAAGCAGAACGUUUCAUGCGCGACUCACUUGGCUUCGUGCACUCUCCAUCGCGCGAGAGCGACGUCCUGGCGGCCAUCGGGGCAAUUCUCGCAAACAAAUACAAGGGUGGGCCAUCGACAGCCGACCCAGAGAGCCUGUUGAUGAAACGGGUCCUUGACUUCUGGGGCAAUUGGCUUGGGGAAGCCACCACAACUAAGCCAACAGAAGAGACCACCUUCCAAGCCCACAGCACGAUUGCCAUGAAUAUCGUGGCCGGUGCCGCCGCCCGUCAGGACAAGCACGUCCUCUCCUUGAUCCCUUCGAUCCACCAGGCGAUUCCAUCCCCGCACCCCAACGGCGAAAUCCUUGCCAAUUCUCUCGGCCUCGUCAUCAAGCAGAACCCCUUUCUCACGCCCGAAAGCCACUCCAUCGUCAAACGCUUCUACAAACAGUGGAUCUACACCCACCUUGCCAAACCCCUUCUCGGACCCGCCCAGCCCGGCGGGUCCGAGGAGCCCAACUCCGCAGCCCGCUACCGCGCCGCGGUCCUGUCCGUGGUGUCUAAUUGUCCAUUCGCCGUCUACCAAGACGAUUUACAGGCGCUGAUCCGGCUGCUCAUUACUGCACUGUCGUCGGCAAUGGCAACGGAGACGGGGGCGGCGGCAGCCUCUCCGUUCACAUGGUCGCAGAUCAUAGCGGCGCUAGAGGUCUUGGUUGAGAUCUUGACGCACGAAUCGGAGGCACUGAAGGGGUAUCUGAGGGAGGUGAUUGGCGGGGUGACUAAGGUGUAUCAGGCCUCUUGUCCUCCCAGGAAAAGGGACACAGAGACCGUGGGAGAUGGGGGGCCGGCUCAGCGAGAACAACAGCAGCAGCGGGCGGUGUGUCGACGGCUCUCGCUGCAGGUGCUGGGUGGGAUUCCCAGUCGGUUUGAGGAGCGGCUUGUAAGGGCGCAUGCUUUGCCCACGCUGCGGAUGUUGGCGGUGGCUUGUGGAGACCCGGUACGGAAGGUGAGGGAGGUUGCGAGGACGGCGAGAGGAAGUUGGGCCAAGGUCGUCCAGAGCGGGUGAUGGGAAACGCCGGGAGAGUGAAGCAAAGGGCUGGGUUGGUGAUGGUCAUGCAAGAGGGAUAAUAAGCUUACCAAUACAUUGAGUUGCCUCUGACUCCUGC